AUGGAGGUUGCACAGGAUACGCUUCCGGAAUUGCAGCCGAUUUUCACAUUCCUCAACAGCCAUGGGAACAAGCUGUACCAGGAGGGAUAUUUCCUGAUGUUGCACGACCUCGAUUCACGUGGCAGACCAAGCGGAGACCGGUCAUGGAAGGAAUGCUUCGCACAACUCGUCGGCACAGUACUAUCAUUGUGGGAUGCAGCAGCACUGGACGCGGCGGGGGAUAAUGGAGAAGUGGUUCCAACCUUUAUAAAUCUUUCGGAUGCCUCCAUCAAGAUGAUUGAGUCAUUACCGAUGAGCAGUUCAACCGGACAGGCUCUCCAAAAUGUCCUUAGCGUAUCCACCGCCGCCAACAACCGAUACCUUCUCCACUUCAACUCUCUUAACUCCCUCACGCAAUGGACUGCCGGUAUUCGGCUGGCCAUGUUCGAACAUUCGAGCCUGCAAGAAGCCUAUACCGGAUCCCUCAUCGCCGGGAAAGGGAAAGCCCUCAACAACAUCCGACAGAUCAUGGACCGGACGCGUGUGAAACAAGAAGAUUGGGUACGCGUACGGUUCGGUGCGGGCACUCCAUGGCGACGGUGUUGGUGCGUCAUUUCCCCGCCGGACGAGAAAGAAUACCAGAAGAUGCAGAAAUCAAUGAAGAAGAAGUCGUACGGGAAGACGCCGGUGUUGAAAGGCGAUAUCAAAUUCUACGAUACCCGCAAGGUCACGAAGAAGAGCAUCCCCAUCGCGACCAUCACCGACUCGUACUCGGCCUACGCCAUCUAUCCGCAAUCGAAGCCGUUGAUCGACCAGUCGACGCUGCUGAAAAUCGAGGGGAAGAUCACCAUCCACACCACCCCCGAAUCGAGAAUGGAAGGGUUCGUGUUCGUGAUGCCGGAAUACCACGCGGCGGUUUCGGGGUUCGAGAUGCUUCUUCGGUUCUUAUUCCCGGUCUGGGACGUCUUUAAUCUCUAUGGACGCCCGAAUCGGCUCGUGGCGGACGUGCUAGAUGCUCGAGGUCUGAUGUUCGCCUUGCCGAAAGACAAGAGAUACGGAUACCUUGACAUCUUGGACGUCGCGGGUUUGGUUCACACCGAGGGCAGCACCAAUUGGAGCGAGAGAGCAUGGCGCAAGCAGAUGAAGGACCUGACCAACAAACGCAUG